UCGCCUUUUGGCGUAGUGGAUAAAGGUGAAGGCGACCCAUCUACCUCCGGCAGGGUUAUCCAUGAUCUAUCACACCCCGACGGAGAAUCGGUCAACUCGACCACCGAUACGACAUCAAUUCCAAACACAGAAUACGAACCCGUUGAACGCAUUGCACGAGAGAUUCUACACCAGGCCGAGAAGUUCCCAUCCGCAGACAUUAAGUUAUUGCUGGGUGAUGUUGCCUCCGCGUUUCGGAAUCUGGGAAUACAUAGCUCAUGCACCCGGCUGUUCGCAGGAACAAUUCCCGAAGACAACGCCCUGGUGAUUGACUUGUCUGCUUGUUUUGGCUGGACGGGUUCUCCUGCGUUCUACGGUGUUGCGGGU